UCACCACUAGAACUCGUCCACCGAUCUUCAAGACUAGCUCAGACACACUGUGUUCAGUACAGACUGCAGAGGAGUCCAAGAUGUUCCUGGCUGUAGUACUAGUGAUGGGGCUGGUCUGCACGGCGCAUGCCAAGACCUACGAGCGCUGUGAACUGGCCAACGAGCUGGUGUCUCGCGGUCUGACUUCCCGAUCUCAGGCCGGCGAAUGGAUCUGUCUGGUUCAGCACGAGAGUUCCUUCAGGACUGGAGCCAGAGGCGGCCCCAACUGGGACGGAUCCUACGAUCACGGGCUGUUCCAGAUCAACGAUCACUACUGGUGCGACAACGGUGGACCACACAAUGACUGUGGCGUCUCCUGCUCCAACCUCCGUGACAACAACAUCGCUGAUGACGUCAGGUGUGCCAAGCUGAUCUACCAGCGUCAUGGAUUCUCUGCCUGGUAUGGCUGGCAAAACAACUGCCAGGGCAGCACCUCCAGCUACGUCAGCGGCUGCUGGUAGAUACCUCACCAUUGAUGAGCAGACUGUCGUUGAUAUCAACACAUUGCAUCAACUCCACCAGGCGCCACUGCAAUUUCUCCCAAUUGUGUUAAGAUUCGGCACUGGGUUGGAGUCUCACGAAUAAAACAUCAAAUGAAUCUAA